GAAAAUCCCAAGAAAAGAAUAACAGUCUCAUACUCUGUAUAGAUAAGAAGCUAACCGUAAUCACUUUGGUCAUCUGAAUACUGGAGCUGAUACACCUUUCUUUCCAUGCCCUCAACAUUUAAUGGCUUCUAUUCCUUCAGUUGCCUUAAAUGGCAAUCUCAAACUUGAGCCAGACAUCAGAAAAACACCCAUUUUUGAUAAGAGUCCAAAUGUUAGCUACUCAAAUCCCAAUUUGGAGAAGAGUUUCUCAAAUUUAAAGGAGACAUUAUCAUCCUUUAAUGAAGGUACUCAAGUUGAAUCUGUACUUUAUGUUCCCUUCUUGCAAGAAUGUAUAGCGAAACGGUCGGUGUCAAAGGCUCAAAUGGUGCAUGCCCAUAUUGUAAAAACUGGUACCCAUGAAGAUGAAUUUGUAAUGACUUUCCUUAUUAAUGUCUAUGCCAAAUGUGGGCGUAUGGAAUAUGCCCAGAAGGUGUUUGAUACAUUGCCUAGGAGAAAUGUUGUUAGUUGGACCGGGCUUAUGACAGGCUAUGUUCAUAACUUGCAGCCGGAGGUGGCCAUUCGACUGUUUGUAGAUAUGUUGGAAGUUGGGGCAUACCCAACAAAUUAUACAUUUGGAACAAUUUUGAGUUCUUGCUCGUCGUUGUUGCUUGUAAAAUUAGGGAAGCAAAUUCAUGGGUACAUUGUGAAAUAUGGUACAGAAUCAGAAACGAGUGUGGGAAAUUCCCUUUGUAGCUUUUACUCUAAAUGUGGGAGCUUGGCUUUGGCGGUUGAUACGUUUAGAAGAACAGGCAAUAAGAAUGUUGUAUCAUGGACCACGGUUAUUUCUGCUUGUGGUGAUAAUGGCGAUUAUAUGAGGGGUAUAAGAUACUUUAUGAUGAUGCUUUCGGAAGAUGUUGAGCUCAAUGAGUUCACGUUCACGAGCAUCUUGAGCUUGUGCUGUUCAAUUCAAGCGUUGGAUCUAGGUAGACAAAUACAUUCCAUGAGCAUCAAAUUAGGCUUCCAAAAGAAUCUGCGUAUUGACAAUUCAGUCAUGUACUUAUACCUGAAAUGCGGAUUGAUUGAUGAUGCCGAUAAAUUGUUUGAUGAGCUUGAUUCUAUCAGCUUGGUUACAUGGAAUGCUAUGAUAGCAGGCCAUGCCCAAAUGACUGAUAUUGCAGAGAAUGUAAUUUCUGCCCACCAAAGUGGAAAUCGGGCAUUAAACUUCUAUUUAAAGAUGAACAGAUCAGGCACAAAACCAGAUCUUUUCACAUUGUCGAGUGUCUUGAGUGUUUGUAGCGCUUUGGUGGUGCUGGAGUACGGCGAACAAGUUCAUGCACAGACCAUUAAAAGUGGGUUCCUGGCCGAUGUGAUUGUGGGUACAUCCCUAGUUAACAUGUACAGUAAAUGUGGCAACAUCGACAAUGCCCAAAAAGCUUUCGAGGAGAUGCAUAAAAGAACAUUGAUAGCAUGGACAUCUAUGAUUUCAGCUUUUGCCCAACAUGGUAAAUCUCAAGAAGCACUGCAGCUAUUUAAGGCAAUGUUAUCAGCUGGCGAGAAACCAAAUAAAAUCACAUUUGUCGGUGUUUUAUCUGCGUGUAGUCAAGCAGGACUGGUCGAUGAGGCCCUAGAAUACUUUGAAAUGAUGAAGACAAGCUACAAGAUCAAACCCGUAGUGGAACAUUAUGCGUGUUUGAUCGAUAUGUUUGUAAGACUCGGUAGGUUGGAGGAUGCUUUCGAUAUGACAAAGAAUAUGGGGUGUGAACCCAAUAGUGUUAUCUGGUCAAUCUUGAUUGCUGGUUGUAGAAGUCAAGGAAAUUUAGAGUUGGGUUAUUAUGCUGCUGAACAACUGCUCAAAAUGAAACCAAAAGACUUGGAAACGUAUGUUUUGUUGUUGAACAUGUAUCUCUCAGCUGAAAGAUGGAAGGAUGUUUCAAGAGUAAGGAAAAUCAUGAAAGAUGAAAAGCUCGGAAAGUUGCAGGAUUGGAGUUGGUUAAGCAUCAAAGAUAAAAUCUAUUCGUUUUCACCAAAAAGUCGAUCAUAUCCUCUGAAAACGGAGGUUGACAAUCACUUGAGUAUGUUGGUUGAUGAAGCUAAGAGGAGGGGCUAUCAAUCUCAGAGUCCACAAGUGAGCUAUGGGAACGACGAUGAGGUAGAAUCGAUAACUUCGUCCUCCAUGGAUCAUAGCGAGAAGCUAGCCAUUGCUUUCGGGUUAUUGCAAACCAGUAAUACUGUGCCUCUGCGAAUUGUAAAGAGUAUUAGUAUGUGCAGGGACAGUCAUACGUUCAUCAAGUUUAUCUCAGAAAUUGUAGACCGCACAAUCAUAGUUCGUGAUAGUAAGCGGCUCCAUAAAUUUGUCAAUGGACAUUGUUCUUGUGGAGAUUUUGGCAAUCUUUUAUAAUUUAAUAAUUACUUGCUUUUGUAACUCUGACCUGCUUAAAUUCAACUUUGUAUCCCUGAAA